UGAUGCACUUGCAGCUUGUCAAGCGCACGAUCCAGUUACUGGAGCUGCCUGCUGCAAUGAAAACACCGUCGUCGGUGGGUCGAUAAACGCGGGCCCACUUUCAUCAUUUCCCCCAAACACUGACUGAGUGAAGACGCGUCACUGACGAUCGGCAUGUGGCGGAUAUUAUGGCUCCCCGCAGACUUCUUGGAAUCGGAGCGCUGGCUGCUCCUCGGCGUCCUGUAGCCGGAGCUCCACCUCUCGAGCUCCGUGCACAAAACACAGCUUACCUUUUAAUUUCAUGAAGAUCUCUGGCCUCGGUGAUGUAAUGAAUAAAUUUGAAGUCCUUGGGAUUGUGGGUGAAGGUGCUUACGGUGUUGUUCUGAAGUGUCGACAUAAGGAUACCAAUGAAAUUGUGGCCAUUAAGAAAUUCAAGGACAGUGAAGAAAAUGAGGAGGUCAAAGAAACAACCCUGCGGGAGCUCAAAAUGCUCCGCACCCUCAAGCAGGAGAACAUCGUUGAACUGAAGGAGGCCUUUCGCAGAAGAGGCAAGCUGUACCUCGUCUUUGAGUAUGUGGAGAAGAAUAUGCUGGAACUGCUUGAGGAGUUACCCACCGGUGUGCCGACGGAGAAAGUGCGCAGCUACAUCUUCCAGUUGAUUAAAGCUAUUCACUGGUGCCACAAGCACGACAUCGUACACAGAGACAUAAAGCCAGAAAAUCUUCUCAUCAGUUCCGCUGACGUCCUGAAACUCUGCGACUUUGGUUUUGCUCGUAAUCUCUCCGAGGGAACUGAUGCCAAUUACACGGAGUAUGUGGCCACUAGGUGGUACCGCUCUCCGGAGCUGCUGCUCGGGGCCCCCUACGGGAAGGCGGUGGACAUGUGGUCAGUGGGCUGCAUCUUAGGAGAGCUGAGUGAUGGACAGCCUCUGUUCCCAGGAGAGAGUGAGCUGGACCAGCUCUUCACCAUCCAGAAAGUGUUGGGACCACUGCCCCCGGAGCAGAUGAAGCUCUUCUACAACAACCCCCGCUUCCAUGGACUGAGGUUCCCUGCUGUGAAUCAUCCACAAACUUUGGAGCGGAGGUACCUGGGCAUCAUCGGUGUAGGCCUGCUCGAUCUGCUGAAGAACCUGCUGCUGCUCAACCCCACCGAGCGAUUCCUCACAGAGCAGUGCCUGAACCACCACACCUUCCAGACCCUGCGGCUGGUGGAGCGGGCCGGCCCACCCACCCCCACACCGGCGCGCUCCUCCAAGAGAAAGCCUCACCAUGGAGACAACAACACCCCCAGCAGGAGCCAUGGAGGGAAAAGCUCAGGAGGCCACCGCUCCAGCAGCAGAGAGUGCUCCAGCCUACCCAGACAUGAAGACGUCCACUCCAGCAAUGACGCCUUCCUCAACGGCAACAUGUCUGCAGUCAUGAACCUCAGCCCCACCCUGCAUCCCAAGAACUACCAGCCUCAGAUUUUCAACCACUCCACUGCGUGCAGCAUGGACCUGGCCAGCAGCAACCUGCCGCAUCUGCACAGCUCCAGUGAGGCCAAGAGCAAAGGCGACUUUGAGAUGAACCUGGGGUCCAAGGUGUCCGAUGGCCCUGGAGCCAAGUACCUGAAGUCCAACUUCCGCUCGCAGCAAAACAGGCACUCAUUUGUUGAAGGGAAAACCAGCACGCUUCAGUCGGGGGAGAAGCACAGUCGACACAACUACAUGGAGUCCCACAGCUCCAUGCCUUCCUCCUCCAAGUUUGCGUACCUGAACUUGUCAAAGAGCUAUGGCACGCUGAGUGAUGCCAAGUCUGUGGGGAACCUAAACGAUUUGCAUCUGUAUGCAGAUGAGCCAACAUCACGUUAUUUUCCCUCCAGCUGUCUAGACCUCACCGCUCCGAGCAGCCCAGCAUCCCGGAGAGUGGAAAGGCUGGGACUCGGCACAGGGGGUCGAGGCAGCAUGCGCUCCGACAGGGAGAGCAACACGCUGGACUCCUCCUACAGGCGCUCCUCCACCCGCCACAAGAGCUCAGAGGAGGCAAAGUCACCAGACAGCCUGGAUGCAGGGGAAGGUAGCACGGAGAGGAGCCACGCCCACUCUCUAUCCGCCCCACACGACCCGCAGGUGUACGGCCAGGGGUACACCAGCCCUUUCUCCUCCCAGCAGCGGCCGCACCGCCACUCCAUGUACGUACGGAGGGAUCACCAGAGGACACACGGGGCGGACGACGGGCUGUCGGUCGGGCAGGGCCUGGCCACCAGAGCCAGCAGCCUGCAGCUCCUGUCUCCACAGCUGCAGCACCGCACGCUGCCGCGCCACUCCGGCAGCUCGUCCAGAGAAGAAGACAUGAGCAGGAGUGAGCAGGCAUCCACUGAGGUCACCCACAGCAGACCCGCAAUAAGGGACUCCACAAGGGACAACACUGCAUCUUUUCACACACAGCGGCAAAAAAGCGAGGUUGGCUUAUAUCAUGACCAGCAGGCUGAAGAUGGGGGCUCCUCCAAGGAAAACCGCAACAUCUACAGUGAAUCCAUGCCGAGGCGGGUGGGCAGCUUCUACAGAGUCCCUUCUCCCCGGCCAGACAACGCCUUCCAUGAGAGCAGGGCUCAGAGCCGACCCUCUGCUCUGUCCGGGGACGGCAGCAGUCUGACCAAUCACACCAAACGUCAGCCUGCAUUCGACCCCUGGACCGGUCCGGAUACUGUCGUCCUGAACGCCUCUGAACCUUCCAAAGAAAAGGGGAAGCAGGGUUUCUUCAGAGCAAUAAAAAAGAAAAAGAAAAAACCUCAAAUGGCUGCUAAUGAAGGCAUGGAUUCAGCCAUCCAGAAGUCCUCCAGGUCCUCCGGACACCAAAGCAGCCGCCACAGAUCCCGGGACAAGAGCAGAGACCGGAACCAAGAUAGAGACAGGGACAAGGACUGGCCACCCGAGAAGCCAUCCGAUUCACACUCUCCGAGUCAGCCGCUGAAGUCACUGCGGAAGCUCCUGCACCUCUCUUCCUCAUCCUCCAAUCAGACUGCGUCCUCUGACAUGCGCUACCAGCCACUGACUAACUCCACUCAAGGCGGUUUCGCUGAAAACCGAGGUCACUCAGGGGUCAGCACCCCCCAGCUUAAGAGUCGACAGACAGGCUACCCUCUACCGGGACAGCUGGAGUCCGGCUGGCACUCGUCCGCACUGGGCCGCCCUGAGGGCAACCCGUACCCUGAGCAAAUGGGCAUCAAAGGAGGUCAGAACGGGCACGGCUUUGGACGCCCCUCCAGAUCCCGGAUGCCUAACCUCAACGACCUGAAAGAGACUGCUCUGUAAUCUGGACCCUCACUCCGGCAUCCUGCUUUCCUUCUGUGGCCCCCACAUCCCCUCUGUGAACCUGUGCACCUGCUGAACACACACUCACACCAAUUCCUGUCCUUCUAUUGUAAACUCGGCUCGCAAAGAGGCCCAAGGCCUUUUCUGUCCGGAUUUUUUAAAAGCUUCCAUGUUUGAUAGAGUUUCUAUGGUGUAAUUCUGAUUUUAUUUGUAUUAUAAAGUAAAUAUACGACAGAUUCAGCACAUAUAUAUAUAUAUAAAUAUGGAUAGACAAAAUGUAGAUUUAAGUGUAAGUAUUUUUUUGUUUUUAUUAAAUAUAGAAAUAUAGUACAUUUUACUGUGUAGUAUUACCUUAAGAGUACUUUAAGGCAUUUUCAACAAAUAAAGUUCAAUCCCUUGUUGCAAUAGAGACUGGUAAUGUCAGUAACGUGUGUCCAUCACACCCCUCGAUGGUAACUCUGUCCAAGCUGUCUUGCUUUUUGGGCGUCAUUCUGCUCCAAACAGUCCAAUGUGCCACACAAUCAUCAGAGCAGCCAUGUUCUGCUUCUGCUGCUUGGGCCACUGACUACUAAACAGGUAAGCCUGACCCUUUUGUCUGUUUAGAUAAGUGUCUCUUGAUGAAAUUCAGCCAUGUUACAAUGUGAGGUGGCAUAAAUUAGCAGAUUCUCUGACCCACAGUGCCGUCUGUGGGGCACAGUGAAGCAUUGCACAUAUUCUUUCCUGACAGAAACCUGUCACACAUGCAGCCAUGUGCAGAAAGCAUCUGCUACACAAAAACUGCUAAUGUACAAUAGAAAAAAAGGAUUACACUUUUAUUUUAAAGUGCUUCUCUUAGUGUCCCAGUUGUUGCACCUUAUUAAGAAAACUUCAAUAAUGUCCACGAAUGCAGAAUGUGGUGAGCAGCUUCUCCCCACUCUAACAAGCCGAACUGUCCCUCUAUUGCACACAAGCUGCUUCCAAGUGGUUCUGCUUACCUCAGUCGCUGAAAUGCACAAACGCUGCAUAAACGUUUGCCGCUGCAAAAGAAUUGGAUCCACAGAACAUUGUCGCUUCUCGCAGUCUAGCUUAGAAUGUAAUGUUUUUAUUAGAGCCAGAGGAACAUAAAAGCCAUUCUGGGUGUUCUGGUGUAAAGACUCCAGCACCUUACCUUUCCCCCUUUAUUAGACGCUCUUCUCUGUUUCCACCAACCUCUCUUUAGUUCUUGUGAGUUUAAAGCCAAAUUUAAAAAAAAGAAUCUUGUAGUGAUCGUGAUUCUUGGUUAUUAUUUUCAAAACUGAAGUCCUUUUGGACAACGUAUUGUAGUUUUUUAAAAUCACUCAUGGUAGUUUACUAAAUGCCAUAUUGUUAAAUGUCCUUUUGUUCGCUUGUCCUUCCUUCUUCAGUCGCAAAUUACGAUUUCUUUUUAGGUCUGUCUGCAGAAUGCAAAUCUUACUAAAACGUUUUCCACUCAGACUUCUGCUAACAUUUCCCUGCAAACAGUCUUAACUUUUUUUGUUUAUUCAGAUCCAAAACACUCUUUAUUUCUGACUUUAAUUGUUUUAAAUUCGUCAAUCUUAUUUUAUUUUUUUCAUUAUUCAUCAGUUAGCCUGCUUAAGUUUCCACCAAUUUAUGUUUAUGUUUAACCACUGAUUUCUGCUACAGUUUUAGCUGUUAGAUGCCUUUCUUUAAGUAGUCUCUUGCCUAAUAUUUUCACACAUUACUCAUGUUAUAUUACUAUGAUUUUGUUUUUAUGCCUUUUCUUUGGUAAUGUCUCAGCCUUUUACUUAUUUUAUUGGUUGUAUUUUCAUUCCAAUGCCGGUUUGUCUUUGUGACAUUUAGCGGGUCGGCCUGUCGGGCCUCACCGCACAUCUGUGUUUGAACUGUUUGCUUGUAAUGAACCACUUGGGAAGAGCUUAACAAAAACUCCCAGAGUGGAAAAAACUCAUUUCUCUUCUGUUAAAAAUAAAGUGCCAUCAGAGCAGCUUGGCAAAAAAAAAAGAAGAAAAAAUAAAUACUAUUUUCGUGCACUUUGAAGAGACUUGAGUCUUGGCAAUAUGUCCCUGAUUGUAAAUUCUUCUCCUCCUUUUGCUUGUGAGGUGUGUGAAACUGAGACUAAAAAACACUGAACCCAGACGUGACCAAACGUGUGUUUAUGUCCAUCGACGAGGACGCUGCAUACUCUGUACUCGCCACAGUUUGUAUUUCCGUUUGGAUUCUUGUUUCUGGAGGAGCACUGUGUAUUAUAUUAAUACUGAUGUGUGACUACUUGUUUGGUAAUAUUUAUAACAGGAAAUGUUUAAAACAAUUGUUUAAAUUGAACCAAGUAUUAGGUUUGUGCUUUUGUAAUACAGACACAAAUGAGUAGCAUAGUCCGUAUUUAUCAGCUUUUCUCCCAGCAGAGCAUUUUCAUGACAAUAUAAAACCCAUCAAUCAAUGAAUGCUUUACAGUUUAGAGUAUACUUGUUUAUUUGUGAAAGUUAAUCUCCAAUAAAACAGCCCAUUUGAUUUAAA